AUGAAUACACGCGCACACCCCUCCGCAUCACCGGACCCCCAGGCGGAGCGCCUAGACACCGAAAUCGCCUCCAUCCGCGCCGAGAUUCACAAUCUUCAACGUCAAAAGCGAUUCCUUUCCUCAAGUCUCCUCGCCUCAUCCGACAUUCAAAAGCUUCUCCGCAAACCUCUCACUACCAUCCACGACGAGAUCUCGCCCCUCGCACAUGCCGCAGGGAAACACUCCGAAACAAACCAUUACCGAAUCGCAUUCGGUACUACCGCUUUCCCAUUUAAGGAUCCAUCACCUAGCGCGCCAGCCGAGAAUCUACUGGGUCUGCGCAUCGAUGUCUGCACCCGAAACGGGCGGUUCGCGAAGCCCUACUAUGUGCUUUUACGGCGCGAACGCGUAAAGGGUGGAAAGGAGAAAAGUCUAAGAGUGUACAGGCAUACUGUUCCAGCGUUCAUCUCCAUCUCGAAGCUGGAGAGCGCUUAUCUGCCUGUUAAGGGCUCCCGAGCGAAAACGCCCGGUGAUGUCGAACAAGACGGGAGUGAAUCCGAGGAUGAGGGAGAAUCUUUGAAACAGAAGAGAAAGACCGUACGGAACCAGGACUUGCGUGGGUUUGCACGGGAGCUACGGCGCGAGCUUGUAGCGUGGCAUGUGCGGUGUGAUGCGGUGGAUCUUUUGCGCGAACGAUUGGGAUUCAAGGAGUCGGAUUCGAGUUCUAGCCCAGUGGACCGAUUAUCGCCUGAGAGUAAGGCGGGGAUUGUGUCUCUUGACUCUACCGCCAUUGAGACCCGGUAUGUCCGGCUGGAAUGGGAGGAUGGACGUGUUGGACGGUUCAAGUUGACCAAUUCUGGUGUUGUUGAGCGAGCCGUUGUCAUUGGGGACGAGGGUCGCGAUAAACAAACGGAAACUGCGAUGACUCGUGGUGGGGGAAGAAUUGAGAGUUUGGUGGAGAGGUUACAGGAGUUUGCUGCGUCGGGUCAGUAA